GGUAAGGCAGGGCAGCCCCUGAUUGGCCGAAACCCUAGGGCUUAGGGUUUUGCCACUCGUUAGUGGGCGCUGCUUGGAAAUCAACGGAGCAAACCCAGUCCUUCCCUUUUCCCCCUUGGGUUCCUUCGAGUCUUCGACACCACCACCUUUUUCGACAACUAACCGUCAGGUCAUUUCCAUCCGUCAAAAUGGCUCGUCGUCCCGCGAGAUGUUACCGCUACUGCAAGAACAAGCCGUACCCUAAGUCGCGGUUCAACCGUGGUGUGCCCGACCCCAAGAUUCGCAUCUUCGAUCUGGGUCGUAAGAAGGCCAACGUGGACGACUUCCCCCUGUGCGUCCACAUGGUCUCCAACGAGUACGAACAGCUGUCUUCCGAGGCUCUGGAAGCCGCCCGUAUUUGCGCCAACAAGUACCUCGUCAAGAUCGCCGGUAAGGAAGGUUUCCACCUCCGUGUGCGUGUGCACCCCUUCCACGUUGUCCGUAUCAACAAAAUGCUUUCGUGUGCCGGUGCGGAUCGUCUCCAAACCGGUAUGCGUGGCGCCUUCGGCAAGCCCAACGGUCUCGUCGCCCGUGUGAACAUCGGCCAGAUUCUCGUCUCCGUCCGCACCCGUGACGCCAACCGCGCCGCUGCCAUCGAGGCCUUCCGCCGCGCCACCUACAAGUUCCCCGGUCGCCAGAAGAUCAUCGUCUCCAAGAACUGGGGCUUCACCCCCUUCCGCCGCGAGGAGUACGUCGAGCUGCGCCAGGGUGGCAAGCUCCGCUCGGACGGUGCCUACGCCCAGUUCCUGCGUGGCCACGGUCCCGUCGAGGAGAACAUGAAGCGCUUCCCUGAUGCGUAUGCCGCUUAAAUGGUGGUGUGGGGAAAUGGGAAAUGUCAUGAUUAGCGUUAGGACAAGAUAUCAACUCGUGAACCAAAAAAAAAGAGGCCUUUAUUGAUUUUCUUUUAAUGUGGUAUUAUGCAUGACUGUAUCUCAGGCGGAUGGAAUACAGAUC